CCGCUUCCGGCCGCGGUGCGGCCGCGCCGAUGGCGGUGAAUUACGCGGCGGGGCUGUCCCCGUACUCGGACAAGGGCAAGUGCGGCCUCCCCGAGAUUUUCGACCCCCCGGAGGAGCUGGAGCGGAAGGUCCGGGAGCUGGCGGAGCUGAUCCGGAGCUCCUCCAAUGUGGUGUUUCACACAGGGGCAGGAAUCAGCACGGCCUCGGGGAUCCCUGACUUCAGGGGCCCCAAUGGUGUCUGGACUAUGGAAGAGAAAGGGCUCUCCCCAAAAUUCGACACCACCUUUGAGAAUGCCAGGCCCUCCAAGACUCACAUGGCGCUGCUGGGGCUGCAGAGGGUCGGAAUCCUGAAAUUCCUGGUCAGCCAGAACGUGGAUGGCCUGCACGUGCGCUCAGGAUUCCCACGGGACAAGCUGGCCGAGCUCCACGGGAACAUGUUCGUGGAGGAGUGCGUGAAAUGCGGCAAGCAGUACGUGCGGGACGCCGUGGUGGGCAGCAUGGGGCUCAAACCCACCGGCCGGCUCUGCAGCGUCACCAAGGCCCGUGGGCUGAGGGCCUGCAGAGGGAAGUUAAGAGACACUAUCCUGGACUGGGAAGAUUCCCUGCCCGACCGUGACCUCACGCUGGCGGAUGAAGCCUGCAGGAAAGCCGAUCUCUCUGUGACCCUGGGGACCUCCCUACAGAUCAAACCCAGUGGGAACCUCCCACUGAUCACCAAGAAGAGAGGAGGGAAGCUGGUCAUAGUCAACCUACAGGCAACCAAACACGACAGACAGGCCGACCUGCGCAUCCACGCCUACGUGGACGACGUGAUGACGAAGCUGAUGAAGCACCUGGGGCUGGAGGUGCCCGAGUGGACGGGGCCGGUGGUGGUGGAGAGCGCGGAGCUCCCGAGGCCGGAGCAGCUCCUCACGUCCCCCGGGAAGUGGCUGAAGGAGGAGCCCCUCUCCCAGCACAACGGCACGGGAAUGCCACGUGCCGGGAAUACGCCGUGUCCUGGGAAUAUGCCGUGCUCUGGGAAGGUGCUGGUGGAGGAGCACCACGAGGGGCUGAAGCAGGAGUGUCCCAGCCCGGACACGGGGCUGCCGCCGGUGAAGAAGGUGAAGGUGGAAGCUCUCCUGAGCUGAGCCCUGGACUGUUCCCUCUCUCCAGACUCUCGUCCGUGCCGCUUUUCCUACCGACUUUUUUUUAUACCCUUAAAUAUUGUCCCUUUUUUUAUGUAAGUAUUAAACACACUCGAAGCACA